AUGUCCUCCACAGCCAAGAACCAAUCUCGCCCGGGCGCGAACCAGUUGAAGCAUCUCUACCGGCAGGCUAGAAACCCACCUAAGGACCCGCAAACUUCGUACAAGGGAAAGACGGUGUUGGUCACCGGCGCCAACACUGGUAUUGGAUAUCAAGCAGCCGUCAAAUUUGCUGCUUUGGGGGCAUCGCCGCUCGUUAUUGCCGUCCGCACACAGGAAAAAGGUGAGGCCACCAAGGCCGCCAUCAUCCGUGAGACCGGCAAUGAGAACAUUAUUGUCAUCCCAGUAGAUCUUUCGACGUUUGAUGCCGUGAAGGAAUUCGCCGCAAAGCUGAACGAACAAGUCCCCAAGCUUGAUGUCGCACUCCUUAAUGCGGGUCUUGCUAUGCCCAGCUUUACAAAAGGGCCCGGAGGUUACGAGAUUGCAUUGCAAGUCAAUGUGCUCUCCACGGCGUUAAUGGCCUUGCUUAUUCUCCCCAAGCUGCGAGAAACGGCCGCCGCUAAUGGAACCCCGUCUCAUCUCACGUUCACAACGAGCAAGGGCUACCAGGACGUUGAGGACUCGUGGCUCGACUCAAACAAGACCUUGAUUGACCAACUCAACACUGAGGAGGGAUACUCCGACCAAAGACACUACAUGAUGACCAAGCUGGCCACCAUGUUCGUUUUGCAGGGUGUGGCGGACCAACACAGCGACAAUCAGGUUAUCAUCAACGCGGCAUGUCCGGGAUUCUGUAAGACGGAUCUCGGCCGAAACUUCUCACUUGUUGCCAAGGUUUUCAUGGGUCCAAUCCAGUACUUUGUUGCGCGAACGGCCGAACACGGAAGUCGAUCCCUUGUUAGCGCGACUACCCUCGGCCCCGAGAGCAUUGGGAAGCUAUGGCAUGAUGAUGAAGUCCUCGAACCAAGCAAGCUGCAGGCCAGCGAAAGGGGCGCUGAAUUGUACCGAGAGACGUGGGGCCAGAUCCUGACCAUCCUGAACAAGCACAUCCCCUCCAAGGAUGUUUGA